GCACAGAUGUCCAUCCUGGCUUACUUCUUUAUUAAGCUGAGGACAAAUCACAGAAUCAGGGAGCUGUAGGGGUUGGAAGGGAUCUCUAGAGAUCAUCUAGUCUGACCCCCUAUCAUUUGUGCUUCAUUUAAUUGGAUACAGUACAAAUGUCACUGGGCAGAGGGUGCUGAAGUACCUGAUGUGGUUGCUUGGGGCUCAGUACCCCUCAGUGGGCUCUGAUUCUGGCACAGCUUCAGUGGUGCUGUGGACUGAAUGCAAGUUAUCAUUCAUCCGGUGGUUGCCCCAAGUAGUUUGAUAGAAACUUCAGCUUGGUCUCUGAAAUAAAUAUGCAGCACUAAUGAGGUUUCCUUAAUAAGGAAGUUGUGCUUUACAGGUCUACUGUGACUUAGAAAAAAGGAAAGGAAAGCUGACGACAGUGGAGGCUGAGUUGUACCAUUUUGUACAUAACCACGUGGUCUCAAAGUGUGGGAGUAUGACUGUCAACUAAGAAAGGAAGUAAGCUGCACUUCUUUCCUAUCCUAACCUAAGUGCAGUGUUUCAGAGAGUGCAGGUAAAGGGAGGUAAGGUGCAAUGAGGGACACACAAUUUCUGUUCUUUCCUCUAAAAGGUAUGAAGCAGCAUGAAGAAGGUGCUAUUUGGAAAUUUUUUUCUUCUCUAGGAUAAUGUAAUACGCGCUGCUUCGUUCUUCUCCAUUCCUAAAGGCUUGAGGUUGUAUUGAAUGGAGGCACUGUUCUUUAUGAACACAGAAAAUACUACAGACUUUUUUUAAUCCUUAGAAAAACCUGUAAUUAGUUCAGCACUUUCCAAGGUAAGGAGAACAGAACGGUUCAUUAUGGUCAAGUGAUAAACAGCACUCAGACCAGUCUCCAUUUUCUCUCUUCACCUAGUAGAGAUCUGCUUGAAGGUGAAGUCAUUUUGUAGUCUCCAUUCAUGAUAACUUUCAACUGGAUUACUGACACGUAGGUAAGUCAUAAGCACCCACUGCACUGUUUGGAUGAGGCUCACUGUUUCCAGUUCAUAACUUAAUUCAACAUUACUGUUCACAAUUAAAAGAAUUCUCUGUAUCCCAUAGGAAGAAUUUCAGUUCACUUUGUGCAGCUUUGCAUGCAGAUAUCAGUCAAGCCACAUGGCUUAUUAAUGGUAGGGAUAGCUGUUGGAUGCUCCAUGUACAUCUUGAACGCUCUGUGUUACUCCUCUGCUGCUCACCCCCACUUGUAUGUGGAGUUCUUGCAGUCUUUCACGUAUCCAUGUUGGAAACCUGGUUAUGACUUCAUAAAGCAAACAGGACUGUUGUCUUGUUUCUCCUUUUCAUCUCUGACCACACUCACUGUGGGCGUCUGGAAGGAAUUCUGAUCUCUCUGGGUUACAUUGCUUCCUGCAGUAAGGAGAGAUCACAUCCGUGUCUUAGCAGGAUGGGGAAGUAUCCAGGAUAACCAAGGCAGCUGUAGAUCUGUAACUGAUUAUUUGUUCUAAGCAGAAUAAUACAACGUUUGACUUGAUAAUUAACACUGCUUCAAUUCUCUUGUGUGCUUGCACCUCCUCCACCAUUGCCACCACCAGUACAGGGAUAUGCCUUCAAACCUCCUCCUCGCCCAGAUUUUGGGACUUCUGGGAGAACAAUCAAACUGCAGGCCAACUUCUUUGAAAUGGACAUUCCUAAAAUAGAUAUCUACCAUUAUGAGUUGGAUAUAAAGCCAGAAAAAUGUCCAAGAAGAGUUAACAGAGAAAUAGUGGAGCAUAUGGUUCAGCACUUUAAAACACAGAUUUUUGGGGAUCGCAAGCCAGUGUUCGAUGGAAGAAAAAACCUUUAUACAGCUAUGCCACUUCCCAUUGGAAGAGAUAAACAGGUGGAGUUGGAGGUCACGUUGCCAGGGGAAGGGAAGGACAGAAUAUUUAAGGUGGCCAUAAAGUGGAUGUCCUGUGUGAGUUUGCAGGCAUUGCAUGAUGCUCUUUCUGGCCGGCUGCCAAGUGUCCCGUUUGAAACCAUCCAGGCACUGGAUGUUGUGAUGAGGCACUUGCCUUCCAUGAGAUAUACUCCAGUGGGGCGAUCGUUUUUUACAGCAUCUGAGGGGUGCUCAAAUCCAUUAGGUGGUGGCAGAGAGGUUUGGUUUGGAUUCCAUCAAUCAGUCAGACCUUCCUUAUGGAAAAUGAUGUUAAACAUUGAUGUAUCGGCGACUGCAUUUUACAAAGCACAGCCAGUUAUUGAGUUUGUAUGUGAAGUUUUGGAUUUCAAAAGCAUUGAAGAACAACAAAAACCUCUGACAGAUUCCCAAAGGGUAAAGUUUACCAAAGAAAUAAAAGGUCUAAAGGUGGAGAUAACACACUGUGGACAAAUGAAAAGAAAGUACAGAGUGUGCAAUGUCACCAGACGACCAGCAAGUCACCAAACAUUCCCACUUCAGCAGGAGAAUGGACAAACAGUUGAAUGCACUGUAGCUCAGUAUUUUAAGGACAGGCACAAAUUAGUUUUACGCUAUCCUCACCUUCCAUGUUUACAAGUUGGGCAGGAGCAGAAACACACAUACCUUCCUCUUGAGGUGUGCAACAUAGUGGCAGGACAAAGAUGCAUAAAAAAACUCACUGACAAUCAAACUUCCACUAUGAUUCGAGCAACUGCCAGAUCAGCACCUGACCGUCAGGAAGAGAUCAGCAAAUUGAUGCGGAGUGCGAGUUUUAACACUGACCCUUAUGUUCGUGAAUUUGGGAUAAUGGUGAAGGAUGAAAUGACAGAUGUGACUGGUAGAGUCCUACAGCCUCCCUCAAUCCUCUACGGAGGCAGGAAUAAAGCAAUUGCUACACCAGUUCAAGGAGUUUGGGACAUGAGGAAUAAACAGUUUCACACUGGAAUUGAAAUAAAGGUUUGGGCAAUUGCAUGCUUUGCUCCCCAGCGCCAAUGCACUGAGGUGCAUCUUAAGACUUUCACAGAACAACUGAGGAAGAUUUCCAGAGAUGCAGGAAUGCCAAUCCAAGGGCAGCCAUGCUUCUGUAAAUAUGCCCAGGGAGCUGACAGCGUGGAGCCCAUGUUCAGGCAUCUCAAGAACACUUACACCGGACUGCAGCUCGUUGUAGUAAUUUUACCAGGAAAAACACCAGUUUAUGCGGAGGUGAAGCGUGUUGGUGACACAGUGCUGGGAAUGGCUACGCAGUGUGUUCAGAUGAAGAAUGUGCAGAGAACAACACCUCAGACUCUGUCUAACCUCUGCUUAAAAAUAAACGUCAAAUUAGGAGGUGUAAAUAAUAUUUUACUGCCACAGGGGAGACCACCAGUAUUCCAACAGCCUGUCAUAUUCCUUGGUGCAGAUGUAACCCAUCCUCCAGCUGGAGAUGGAAAAAAGCCCUCCAUUGCUGCAGUUGUAGGAAGCAUGGAUGCUCACCCCAAUCGCUACUGUGCCACUGUUCGGGUCCAGCAGCACCGCCAAGAAAUCAUCCAAGAUUUGGCUGCCAUGGUCAGGGAGCUGCUGAUUCAGUUCUACAAAUCAACCAGAUUUAAACCGACUCGUAUCAUUUUCUACAGAGAUGGAGUUUCUGAGGGGCAGUUUCAGCAGGUUCUCCAUCAUGAAUUGCUGGCUAUCAGAGAAGCAUGUAUUAAACUAGAGAAGGAUUACCAGCCUGGAAUUACAUUUAUAGUUGUGCAGAAAAGGCAUCACACCAGACUCUUCUGUACAGAUAAAAACGAGCGGGUUGGAAAAAGUGGGAACAUUCCAGCUGGUACCACAGUGGACACAAAAAUCACCCAUCCAUCAGAGUUUGACUUCUACCUGUGUAGUCACGCUGGUAUUCAGGGAACAAGCAGACCUUCACAUUACCACGUCCUCUGGGAUGACAAUCGUUUCUCUUCAGAUGAGCUGCAGAUUCUUACCUACCAGCUGUGUCAUACGUACGUACGCUGUACUCGUUCUGUUUCCAUCCCUGCACCAGCAUAUUACGCGCACCUGGUUGCCUUCAGAGCCAGGUAUCAUCUGGUGGAUAAAGAACAUGACAGUGCUGAAGGCAGUCACACUUCGGGUCAGAGUAAUGGCAGAGAUCAUCAAGCACUUGCAAAAGCAGUUCAGGUUCACCAGGACACGUUGCGCACGAUGUACUUUGCUUGACAUGUUUUAAUGUUUAGCGACUCAGUACAGUACCACGUUGGAUUCACAUGAGACCAGCUGCACUUAGACCAACAGUUGCCCAAGCUCCAGUGACAGCCAGCAAUGAGUGAUGUAUCUUCAUUUUUUUUUCCCCCCCUUUUUGCAAGAAAGCCUUCCGUCCAGAAUUUCAGACUUGGUUAUGAACUGCAUUCUUCUACAAAGCCCCACGAUUGUUGGAAAUGUGGUUUGCCAAAAUCUCUUAAGCUGCCUGUUAUAAAACAGACCCAUAUUUUAUAAUUAAAUCAAGAGCUGUGAUCUCAGGGCUUAGGGGAAAAAAACAAAACACAAAACUCUUCAUUGUUUGCUAUUCAUUUAAUUGCUUUUAAUAAUUUGGAGAGAUCUAAUUCGUACUAAAGUUAAUGGGCUAAAAUGCUGCGAAUUAGCUUUUAAUACAAAGGAAAGCAAAGCAUUUUUUGACUAUUUAUGAAGCCUUGGUUUUAUUCUAGAUGCAUUUCCAAAAGUUUUAUUUUCAAAAGAAAAGAGUGACAAAAUUCUGCUUUCCAGCUGUCUUACAAAGAUUUUUUCUCUGCGUGUCUAAGGGCAAAUGUAUUUUCUGAAGCUUGUUCUUGAAUGUUUUUUAUUGUGCUGCAUUUAAAAAUGUUUUUCAUAGACUAAAGAAGAAUUUUAAAGCAGAAUGAAUGAACUUGUACCUGAACUUUUAAUAGGUGCAGUCAGAUUGGCAAAAGAAAAGGUGCCAUUUUUAAGAAAAGAAAAAGAGUUUGAAGUUUUUUUUUUUUUUAAAAUCAUACUGACAGCUAACUUUAGAAUUUGUCAUACAGGACUGUGACACUCUCCAAAGUCUCUAAGGAAUACGGGUCUGUGGUGAUAAAUACAGUACAAUCCUCUUUCACUGUUAUGUUUGAAUUAAUGUAAAUUUUAUAUGUGUUUCACAGUAUUAAUGUGAUAGACUAGAUGCUAUUAUUUAUUUUUAUUUACUAAGGAGUGCUCAUUAUACUUCUGUUAACAUAUCAAGAAUGCUUUGGAUUUAGAAAUUAAAACCUUAUCGUGAGGACAUUACUAUUCAAAAGCAAAAAUAUGCAAUUGACUUUGAUGCGAGAGUUCAGAGCUGCGUACAGAGGACAUUGUGUAGCCUGUCCUUUGGAGAAAGGCUUUUCAAAGUGCACACACAACGUAGCAGGUUUUACCUGUGCAGUCAAAGACGCACACGAGACCAACGUUCUGCAUCCAUCCAAGCACAAGCAAUUGUAUUUUAUUUAUGUGUUGAUUAUUGGUGAAGCUGGAGCUCUAAGAGAGGGAAGUGGUUUGAUGUUUGUCGCGUGGACAGAAGUCAGAGAAUCUAUGCAGUAAAGGUAAAUCUUAGGAAACUGAAGUUUACUUAGGAAGGGAGGUGAAACCUUCAUUAUGCAUAAAAGUAAACGUGAGAGUUUGGCCGUUCUCUUAGGAGAAGCAUUAAUUAACUGAUAAUUAUUAGACAAACACUUCUGUUAGUUUGCACACUGGGUUCAUUAAAAACCGUAGUACGUAUGAAAACCAUUGCACUAAUGAUGAUGCCACAAGCAGGUGUAGAAGAAAAAGGAAAAAGCCCAGGAAAUGUGUUUAUGCUGACUUGUUUUAGUUUAUUUUCGUAGGAAAGCUUAAAAUCCACCCUCUCAACGUGUAUUUAAAAGAUGUCCUUCUCUUCCAUUUUGCUUUGUCUUUCCCCUUUUCUCUUAGCAGAUGCUCAGUCACUGUUGUGAGUCCAUAUACCUCUAGCUGCUGAGCUGGGCCAGGAGCUUUAACCAAGGCAGAGGUCUGUGCCAUGCAGCAGGGAGCCUGUAGCUGGCUGCUUGCUCAGUAAGCUAGGAUGUGCCCAACCUUUGCUGCAUUAAGAGUUCUAGGUACGUAACUCAGUGCAGAUUUCAAGCAUCACCUUGUAGCAGCACGUUGGUGUUGUUCAGGUGAGACAGUGAUGUCAAUCCUAUUGGCAGAUGAACUGUGUUUGUGUUGUUCUCAUUUGUUGGCCAGCCUGCCAGGUCAGACCUUUGUCUCAUGAUGUGAAUCUAGCUUUUAAAUGAUAGACAGUAUAACAGAAAGCAGAGUCGACGUCGCGUUGUCUGUCUUCCCAUUUUCCAGCAGCCAGGCUGUACGUACCUCCCUUACACGUACUGCUCACCUGCAGAAGCUUUUCCACAGUUGACACGUUGCACUUCUGUGUGUUUGCUUAAUGCGUUUCAGAUUUUAAUUCGGCAGAGUUUUAUAUAUGAAUUUAUUUUUAUAUGAAUUACUCUUAACAAAUACAAGAAAGAUCAAGCAUUUUAAAACUCCAGUUAUGUUAUUUGCUGCUUGUUAUGUGGAGACCUCUUGGAUGUGAAUUUCGUCCUCCUUUUCCCUCUCUGUGCAUUUCUGGCAUAACUGACUUUGUGCAGAUGGACAGAUGGGAUAAGGAGGACAGACAAGCUGUCUUGACCCCAAAUCUUAUUUCUGAAGCAGGUCACGGCACUCCCUGCCUCUGAUGGAUGCUUUCUUUGGGCUGGCAUAGUAGCUGUGGACUCUUGAUCUGAGAGUAGCCGUCAUCUGUGGGUCCUCUUGGAAUGAACAGAGAUUUCUGUGUAGUUUUCCUUUCCUGAGUGUGAAGAACUUGGGAUGGUUAAUGCAUUUCAGGCUGGAGACGUUUCUGCCUUUCACUGACUUUUUUCAUCUUCUCUUACUGCCGAUUCUACAGCUUGAUUUCUCCCUCCUUUCUCUUGCUGCCCCUUUUCCCCCAGCUGGUGAAUAAACAUUAUUUGAAGCCUUUUUCUAAAACAACGUUGAUGAAGUACACAUGUAGAAAAGUACAGUGUGCUGUAAACCCAGAAGCUUAUCUUUCUGGCAGCAUUCCUAAUGUUCCAAGUAUUUCCUGUCCAAAAAGAAGAAGAAGAGGUUGGGGGGGGGACCACCGAACACCUCAAACCUUCCAGUUGGUAUUAUUUGCUUACCUCCCACGUGUUUUGUCAGAACAGCAGUACCUCAGGUAAACACAGAGCUCAAGGUGUCUCUGCCUCGCACGCGUUCCUGCUGUCGAAGUUGUAGCUGGGGUUGGCAGUUAUAACCACUGAGUCACUGCGCAGCUCAGGCCAGCAGUAAGCAAAUGUAUUUUAUCCUUUGACAGUUGUGUUUUGAGCCCAUGCAAAGGAGUCGUGUGACUGCAGUUGCAAAAGAGCACUGGGCAGGACCUCUUCCAUUGCAUUCCUUGUGCUCUCUGUUAUUUUCCUGGCAGUGACCUUCUGCUUGAAUUCAGCUGUUGGUGCAAGCUAUCGCGGUGCUUAACAGUCUGAAAAUUGAUACUGAUUGCACCCUGGUGACAAAAAUAUCUAUUCUCAUUGCAGGCAGGAGCACCCUUAUGGACAAACUGAUGCCAGUACUGCAGCAUUUAUUUUGUUUCAGAGCAGCUCACCUUUAAAAGAAUGUGCUUGAGAGAUGGGCAGCUAUUAAUGAGUUGCUAUGGAUUUGUCUUCUGGAGUUUGUACUGAAAUGGUAACACUAUAGGAAAGAAAAUACUCCAGUACUGAAGCAGGUUGUGGAAUCUCUGUCUUUGGAGAGGCUCAGACUUGGCUAGGUAUGGGACUGGGCAUCCCCAAAGAGCCCUCUCAGAGCACAAGGUUCUGUGACAAUCCCCACAUUAACAAAGAUAAAUUAUAAAGCUGUCUUUUCUCAUGUACUGGAUGUAAUACAGUAUUGCUUAUUUUUAGAAAUUUCUGCUCCAGUGGCUCAAUGGAAUGGAACAUCCACUCUGCAUCUUAUACCACCUGGGAAAUAGAGUUGAGUCAAUGCUUAGGAGGAAAUAUCCAAUGUGAAACGUUGGAAGUAGGUGAAUUUGUCUCUGCCUUACAUGAUUUUGGCAUUUCAGAUGGCCCUAUGCAACGUUAACACUUCUAGUCUGUAUGCACUGAUGUAAGGUCACUUCUGUAUAUUAGAACUCCUUCUUCUGAUUUGGUUCAAGUUAGAGUGCUCGAACUAUCAGAUUUGGAUUGCUGAGUGGCAGUCAUUGAUCUUCCAUGUUGCAGGAAUUUUGGUCAAUUUCAUCACGUUUAGGUCUGUCACAAAGAUUUGAAAUGACUUUUGAAGGGUAGUUGUGGACUUUGAGGUUCUUCAGUGCCCAGGUAGCCUUAUGAAAAGAUGGAAGUUCCUCAUUAAGAUGCUUUUGAAGCUUUAUCAGAAGUCACAUGUGCUUGCACAAAGAGACUUUGUAUUGAAAGCAGAUUGGGACAUGGAGUGCUUUGCACGCUGCUGCCAACACUAUUUCCUUACUGCAGCAAUAAAUGGUCACAUGCAUCUCUCCUCUAAAAGCCCCAGUCUUUUUCAUAAUAGUGAGUAUCUGUACUGGAAACUUCUCCUUGUGCUGGAAGAGCAGGUGUGGAUGGGGCCAUCUUGGUGUCAUCCAGUAAGCAUUUCUGGUGGCACAGAUACAUUUUACAUGGAAAAAAGGAAUGUAAAAAAGUUCUGUUAGUCACACUUGAUACCAGUGUAAUAAAUUAACUUUUCCUAUUUGUUUUAAUACUCUUCUCCUUCAGUAACCUCUCUUUGUGUGUGUGUGUGUUUGUCCUGACCUGUGUGCUUUCUCAAUUUCUAAUACAGAACAAUACAUUUUUUUACUUUUAUAUUACAUUUGGCAAUGGGCUUCUUCUUGCACUCUUGCAGUCUUUUCUAAGGAGAACUUUAAGUAGGAGGUAAUUGCACUGAUUGUUUUUAAUCUCCCUUUUUACUGUAAGACUUUUUUGGCAUCUGCUGUAGCUGUUUCAAAAUACUGUAAAUAAUGCUCUGUAUAGCAGAUCUUGAAACGCUGUGGAUCUCAGUCCUUGUACUUCCAUUGUAGAAAUACUGCCAUAUUUUACAGUACUGAGAUAAGAGCUUUGGUUUUUCACUGAUGUUAUACUUGGUUUGCAUUCUGGUAUGAAUCCAAGGGCACAGUUGCUUUCUCACGUGUUUCCUGGCUUCUUUCAGCAUUUGAUUCCUGGCUUGUGUUGAGAAGAACCAAUCUCUGUGCUCUACGGCAGAAUUAGUAGAAUAAUGGGGAAUUGGGGUGGAAGUUACUAUGCUGGGAUGCAGAACAGCAAGUUUUGUUCCCAGUGGGUUAGUGACUGGAAAGGUGCAUCCCUCCAAAGAUGCUCUCAGCCUGAUGGAGAUGAGGUUUGCAGUGUGCACGUGGUGUGGUGCGCAGUCAGUUUUAUGCUUCAGUUGCUUUUCCUGUGUUGUUUUGUUGCUUGAAGUGUUAAUAUGAAUGUAAUGGCUUGGCCAAAUCACUACAAAAGGUGUUUUUAUAGGACUCUUAGUUAGCAAGCAGAUGCAGUUCAAGGCUACCUCCUGUGUUCCUCUGCAGAUAAAUUAAUUUGUAAAGUGAACCUACUACAGCAGCUAAAAUGCUCCCAGAUCAACUGUAUUCUUAGUGCUUUGUUCCUUGCUGGAGAGCUGCUGGUGCCAUACUGUGAUCUUGGAUGUCUUCCUGAUGUGUCCAUGCCAAAGUGGUUGUUGAAGUCUCAGAACUAGCAAGGCAGAUCUCAUCCAGCACGCCUGCUUCCAUGCAGUCCCUUUACCUUCUGCCCAUUCUUUUGCUGAGUUUGUAUACUGUCGUUUCCAGAUGAGAAACCUUUUCAUGCUUUAGCUGUUGGCUUAAAAAUUAUCAUCAUGUUUUCAUUGCAAAUGACAUGAAGGUGCUUGAAAAUAUAUUUUGAAUCUGAGGUAAAAUAUAUAUACAUGAGUAUUUUUUUAAUGCUUUUUGGAUAAGUGAGACUGUAAUGUUGAGAAUACUUUAUUCCCUGCUCAGACCACAUUUGAUAAACUUUAAAAUGGAGGGGAAAAAAAAGAUUUGGAGUAUUGUUUGUGCUGUGACUGCUUGGUGUGUCAAAUCAGUGCAAAGCCUCAGUUGUAACUCAGUCCUGAAGUAAGCGCAUGCCAACUAAAGGUGCUUUAAAUAACCUGAGUAGAAACUGUAGAAAACUGUGUUAAUACAUCACUGUUUUUACAAUGCAUCCAAACAAGCUUCUUCAUUUUAUAAUUAGCCACUCUGCUGACAGAAAUGCUCCCUGGUUGGGCUCAGUGUGCUGGUGUGCUUUCAUAGCACUCUUGUAGCUUAGGGGCUUUGUGCUCUGGAAAUUAGCAUUUCAGAAAGAAGUUAGCCCAGGAUUGCUUGCUAUCUUCAAUGUCUUCAUCUUUGGCCACAGAUGGGAAUGAUGCUUAUUUCUGGCAGGGAUGAUUGCUGAUGUUCUGGUUUGUGGAAGAAUUCUUGUUGAGCAGUGGUGAGUGACUGAAUAAAUAAGUUAAUCUAAUAACUGAGGGAUGAUGUCCUAAACACUCUAUCCCAUUUGCUGUUAUAACUUAACAGGGCUCCCUGCAAAAGCAUGAAGUGUUUUGCUCGAGGGGGAAUGGCUCCUUCCAGAAAAUACUUUGCUAUGUCUUGCAGUUAGGAAUCUACAGACACUAUUGGCAUUGCUGUGGCCUCAAAGAGGUUUCUGGGCACUGAACUUACUUCUCUGUGAGAAAAACCUUACAAAACAAUGAGAGAAACAUUGUGUGCUUCAUAGAAAUGUCUGCAAACCUGAAAGAGCAUCAGGAGGAGCCCAGCACUGGAUGUCUAAUAUUGAGAAAUGCCAUGUGUGCCAUGCAGCUACCCCGUCCUCUGUGGAAAUAAGGCAAAGUGAAACACUAUGCACAACCCCUACCCCAAAAGGGCAGUGUUGAUGGUUAGGCCCCUGGAAGCUAGGCUCUGCUUUCAGCCUUUGGUUUUGCAGAGGGUUUAGGAUUUGGUUGGAGCGAGGACAGGGGCAAAUGCUGAAUUUGCAGGUGAGAGGUUGGUGGGAGCUGGUCUUGGAGUUUUGCACUUGGCAGCGCUAGAAAUGUGAGUGGCUGCUGCUCCCUUCCUUCUUUCUAAACAUCUUCAGAAGAAUAACUAUUUAGAAUUUGUCCCUGUAGUGCCUCAACAGAUGCAUCUUAAACUACCUGUGGCAGCUCUCCAGCCAACCAGCCUACCCAGCGUUCUGAAGAGCCUCCACUUGGCAUCAGAAGGCUGUGUUAAAGGGUGUAUUUGUUUGUAAAUAGUAGCUUUGUGUGCACAGAUUGCCUCCCCCAACCUUUUGGAUGUGCUGUUCUCAGCUGAAAUACCAGCUGGAAUAGCUGCUAUCUCAGCAGCAGUUACAGAUAUGACUUAACCUCAGAGUAAAUUUAUAAAUUGGCCCUAAAGCAUAAAUUUAAACAUUUAGGAUCCUGAAAAAUGAGUUGUUUCUCUCCAUUUUGGUUUUGAGUGUGCUUUGCAAGCAUGAGCAGUGAGAAGGUCAGCAGCCGAGCUCAGGAGUUUCUAAUCCCCUCUCUGGUUCCUUGGUUAGAUUUCUCAUCAGAAAAAUGCUUGUGAUGUGGAUUCUAUUCUAUCUUUAUCAGCUUUUCCUGUUCCCACAUAUACAGACAGGAAGCUUCGUUCUUAUCAGGGUAUGUAAAGCUGUGUGGUUGUGCUUGUCAUGCACACAACUCAAAGCAGAUGUGGUUCGUGCUGUAUGGGCACGGGCAGCAGGUGGGGUCGAGCCCAUCAGGUAUGGACACAACAGGCAAAGAAGCAUGUGUCCAGAUUUCACUAAUAUUAAUUCUGCAUCAUCUGGAGAUGGUCAGAACCCACUGUUAAUGUGCUAUAAAAAAUGAGGUAAUACUGACCCUGGUUCUUUUGUUCUGCAUUUUCUCAUUAGACAUGUAAGGCUGAACCUUAAAUUUCUCAUCUCAUUUACAAGUGACAAUGCUGUUAUUUUAUCUUAAAUACCAUGUCUCCAAUUGCCUGCCUGACUUGAAUCUUUAAUUGAUCUUAAAUUACCUCUCAGUGUUUAAUCCCCAGAAUGUCUCUAAAUUGAAGAUUGUUGUAUGUGCCCAUUCUUUAUUACCUAGUGUUUGACAGCAGAAAUAGUUUGUGUUUUCUUGAUUAUAUGGAGGAAAGGGUGAGAUAAUGUAUGAAUUUGCUCAUAGAAGAAAAUAGACUUAAGGAGUAAUUACUGGUAGACUGUUGGGAAAGCAGCACAUCAUAUGGGGGGAAGCAAAAGCAAAACAUGAGGAGUAAGGUUCAGAAUUACGUAUCCAUGGAAAACUAAAUCACAAAUUCAGAAACUACAUCUGGCAAAGUUGUGGGCUGUUCUGAAAGGUUGCAGUUUGGUGUGAUUUCUUGGUUCAGCUUGGAAAAUGAUGUGUGUACACAGGGUGUGUGUGUGUGUGUAUCUACAUGUUGCUGAAAGCUGAGUGUGGCUCUUUGUAUAUGAAAAUAUAGAAGGAGAAUUCUGCUGGGAACAAUAAGCACAACUUCACUGGCUUCCAUAGUGCUUUGUGAGGGUGUGCAACCACAAAAUCUCAGACUUGAGGGCUGUUUGUAAAUACAGACCCAGUCCCACGUUUCUGUGUAGCAAAGUGGUUAACUGAUCAUGGGGGGAUGAGACAGAGAACAGAAUGUAUUAAAUCCUUUUUCCUUUAAUUCGGUACAUUGCAGAUUUCAUGAACAUCUGCUAAGGUUCAAAUCCUUUUUUUUUAAAAUAAAAAAAAUGGAAAAAGAACCAAUAAUUAAUUCAGAAAUUUUGUAUUGUACGCACUCCCUUGAAACAAAAAUGUUUUUAUAACCAUUUUAGCAUUUUGAAAGCAAAAACGAAGAUGUUAAGGGUCUCAUUUCGAGUGGUACUGAGUGUGUGCUGACUGUGUUGCACCUGCAUUAAUGUUGUGUGCUUGCGGUGUAUCAGUGCUGUAGUGCUGGUUGGGUAAGACUGGCACUUGUCAUACAAAAUCCAGGUGUAGAAAUACCCUCACCUGACUUUUAAAUGUAUCAGAGGCGUUGUAGGGCUCGUUGCAGAGAUGAGGUGUUGCUCUGUGUUACUCAGAACUGCUGAGGCUCUGUGUAGGUGUGGAGAGUCAAAAUACGUCGUGUUUAUCUUGAUGACGUAGCGUAAGAUUUGCAUGAUGCUGUGUGGCGAUGCCACCUUAAGCCUUAAAACAAAGAUAAAUUUGUCAGAUUUUCUCAGAGUAUGCAAAAAAUACUGUUUAAUGAGAGUAGGAUGUUCCUGUAAGGCUGAACUAGUUAAAAAAGUUGUCUUCUCUGACACGGAAAGGGGAACCUGUAGAUCUCUAUACUGUGACCGACCUCUGUAGGCAGUGGCUGUCAUUGUGGCCCCGCAGAAGCUGAUGCGUUGCUCUGGCAGCCUGCCCCAAUUCUCAGUUCCCAGCUUUAUUUGUGUUGGAUGCGUUGUGCUCCCUCCCCCUGUUAGGAGAUCUCUGCCUGGAGGAGGAUGACGACUUAACACUUAUUUGGUGUUGGAAAAAUUCUUCUCAAGGUGUCUGCUUGCUUCAGACAGUGCCGUUCCCCCUUCCUGCGCCCGAUGUCUGAUCCUUAAACCAUUUGAACUGGGGGCAAACCAAGCAGCGGGGACCCAGCUUUCUUUGUCCAUUUGGAUCUACCUCAUGUAAACAGUUGGGUGCUAUUUACUCAAAUUGUCUCAGAUGAGAUUGGCAAAAAGCGACCAAACCGCGUGUGACGGCCGCCCUCGGUGGAGGCGGUCCUCCGCAACCCAAACCCUUUGGGUUUCUUCUUCACAGACAACAGUGUUGUAUUUGAGUUGUGUCCUUCGUGCCUUUGUGUUUGUUUUUUUGUUUUUUUUUUUUUUUCCCAGUGCAUAACAAUCAAAGGUCGUGUCCUUGAUUAAGAACAGCCAAUGAAUUUUAACCACAAAGUUUAAAAAAGCAGCAAAGUAGUUUUAGCAAAUGUUAGUUUUCAGGGUAUCAGAUCCAAGUGUACAGUAUCACAGCAGAACUAGGCAAAGAGAAAUAGCCAAUAAAGAACUCUUUUUGAGAUAUAUAUAAUCCCAACCCUAGAGAUGUACCUCUGUGUAUCCAUCCAUAUGCAUAUAUAUACAUACACGGCACAGCUGCGUGCGUCUAUAUAUGAAAUGGAAGGAUAUGUGGGUAAGGGCAUAAAACGUCAUUGACUUUUCCACAGUUUUCUAUGGAACAGUUUACAACUCUGUAUAGGUUUUUCUACUGUGUGAACCUUUUUUACAUUAAAAAAAAAAUAAUUCCUCUUUGGAAAAUUUAAGUUGUGAUAUAUACUAUCUUUUUUUGAAGUUGGGAAAAAAUCAAUCAACUUUUUACCAGUACCUAAUAUGGGGGGUUGGGGAGGGGGGGGAAUCUCUUCUGUACAAUUGUAUUUUAGUUUAAAUAGUAAAGAAAAAUGAUGUAUGGGAUUGUAAAAGUGCUGACAUUCCGUGGUGGCAGGACUUCCAAGUGUUUCCUAAGGCUUUCUGCUGCAGAGAGACUCAAACAAAAGGAAAAUGCCUCUGUUAAAUGUUUUUAUAAAACUGCUCCAUCAGGUCUAUACUUAAGCUAUAUUUUCUAAAGCCUAAUCAUCCUUUAAUAUGCUGCAUAUAAAUUAUCAGCAUGGUUGCACUUUCUCAAUAAUAAUGUAUGCCCUACAAUUGGCUCAUGAUAAGGACUUUAGUUUUUUAACAGAACAGAUAGUACUUUGGGCAGAAGGUAAUAUUUAUAUAGGUACCUCAAGAAAAAAAAAAAAAAGAGCCUGAAUAUGCUGCAUUUUGUUCCUUUAACAUUUUUCAUGUAGCAUUUGUUUGCUUUUGUUUUUGUAGUAGACGACCAGCUACCUGUUUGCUUUGGGGGACCCCAGUAGCGUCUUCUGUUCCGCUCGUAGGAUGUCGUGUCCUGCCUUGGUUGCAUGCAGUAGCUUGGGACAGGGUUUGCCCUGCAUUGCGUAUGCAAUGGGAGGGGGACCACGAGGACAUUGCUUUACGUAGGCUUCCGGAAAAGGAUACUGUAUUCCUAAAACAGACAAUAGAUGUUCUGAAUGGUGAAUCUGUUGUACCGCUUUCUUGACUCUUUCGAAUGCAGAGAGGAGGCAGCUGAUUAAGGAGGGAAGCCCAACAGCCUGAGCUUGCCCUGUUGGUCCAUGUUUUGAGGUGGCUCGGCUGUGCUUCCCAACCUCUGGCUUUGUGGAGAUCUGCUUCCUGCGGUGUGCCCUGCUCCCUGAGGCCACUUGCUGGUGUGGGUGCAUCUUCUGCUGCUUUGUUUCCGAGUCAGUGAAAACCUAAAAAACAUGCAGAGGUGGGGAAUUUUUGUUGACAGCUGUUGAAGGAAGCUUCAGAAGCUGUGAAGUUGAGCAUUUAUUGUCGUGUUCUUAAGCUUAGGUGGGUCCUUUUCCAAGUUUGUUUUACAGCUUGCAAGGUAAAAUAGUUUGCACUACUUUUGCAAUAAACUCAUGAAAAACCUAACAGUUUCUGUUUUGGUUUCUUACUGUAUAUAUACAACUAAUACUAAAGAUUUAGCAUAGUGUUUUCUCACCUCAAAACAUUAAGACUCGUAACAAGCUCAGAAUGCUGUAAUUCCUGACAAAAUAAUGAUGUGAAUGAUAUUUUAUAAAGUUAUUUUGUAUGGUGUCAAUUUUGUUUUGCCUCAUAGUAUGUCAAUAAAAUAAAAUUUCUCAUCUUUACAACAUUGUUUGAUGUCUUUUUAUUGAACUUAAUCCAAAGCCAUCAAUGGCUUCCAUCUGUAGCUCAGAAGCAGUUCCAAGUCCCAGUGACAGAUUCAAGGCUGUACCAGAGUAGAGAUCCUCAUGCUACACCACACUGUGCCUUUUCAAAUUGUAAACUCAUCUUUUGUGAGAUGAGAGUAUGUGUUCUAAAAGAGCCACACUGCCUGGUCCCAGUGCUCUCUGCAUUAAACCCUUUGGAUGUGUUUCAGAUGUUUCUGUGAGUGCUCCUCUGCUUGUGUUGAUUUCCAGAAUCAUUCAUUAUGGACUGCUGUUAACAUAAUGCCUCGUAAGUCGUCCUGAAAUAACAUAUGGAAGGUUGCUGCUUUGGAUACCACUUGCCUGAAGUCCUGCUUUUCACUGUGUUCUGACUUCGUACCUACAGCACUCGGGUCUUAAAUGAAGCAAGCUCUUCAUGUUUACAGUGAAGUAUCAGGUCAGGAGGAUAGCAGAGGUCCAUUGAGUUCCAACAGAGCCCAGCCCUGCGGACCAGACUCAUUUUAUUCAAUAGUAGGAAAUACUCAUAGCUGUCCCUUCCAUUUUAGGCAGAACUCUGUGUUUCCCUUAGUUUUGAAAUGCUACAUUGAAGCGGAUGCAAGCUUGCUCUGUGUCAAGCAAGGCUCAUAGGGAAGGGCAACAGGCUUGAGCAGAUGUGAGGCUGCAGUUGGUUGUGGCAAACUGUGCCAGCUAUGAAGUCCCCAUUGAGGUCUCUGGUUGAAUUAAUACAGAAGGAUGUUCAAGUUCUUGUGGCCUUGCUAAUUGCCCAGAGCUUGUUCACCAGCCCACAGGAAACUUCUAAGAGGGAUGAAAUACAGUGAUUUAUACUUGGUAACCGCAGUCCUUAUGGCAUUUGUGCAAGCUGAAGAAGAUGGGAGCUUCAUUGCCUUUGAGCAGCCUGGGCGUGCUGGGAGAAUCUUCUAUGCUUGUGUUGCAGGAAGGAAAACAAAAAUAUGGAUACAAUAGUGCUCAUUCUGGAAAGCUUCCAUCCCCUGGCGUGUGUUCUGCUGUGCAAAAUCUCUGAACACUUCAAAGAGGCCAAGAUACCCUGAGAAGUACAGUCAGCUUCCUGCCUUGCAGCUGCCUUCCCUGCAGGGCAGAAACAU